GUCUACGCAUUUUUUGCACAUUCGAUUGAUGACAGUGCGAAGGGUAUAUAAAGCACAGUAGCAGUCAGUAGGGCGGCACGAGAUAAACUCUCGGCACACCGUCGAGAUGAAAAUAGCUGUCUUUACUCUUGCUGUCCUCCUUGCGCUCGCUUCAGAAGCAUGGGGUUAUAAAAAGUAUGGCGGAGGUUUUCGCGGAGGCUUUGGCGGUGGAGGCGGUGGAGGCGGUGGCAUGUAUGGCGGCUUUGGUGACUAUGACGACGAUGAUGGAUAUUAUGUAGGAGGCUUUGGAGGAAGUGGCGGAUUUGGAGGAAGGGGUGGAUUUGGAGGUAGAUAUGGUAGACGGUGCUGGAAGAAACCAUGCCCACCUCCUAAAAAGUAUGGCUAUGGGCGUGGAUACGGAGGAGGUGGUGGUGGAGGAUUUGGAAACUAUGGAUAUAGUGGCAUUGGCGGUAAUGGAUACGGCGGCUUUGGCGGUUCUGGUGGUUACAGUUUCGGAGGUUAUGGAGGACGUGGCGGGUUUGGAGGAAGUGGCGGAUUUGGAGGAAUGGGUGGAUUUGGAGGUAGAUAUGGUAGACGGUGCUGGAAGAAACCAUGCCCACCUCCUAAAAAGUAUGGCUAUGGGCGUGGGUACGGAGGAGGUGGUGGUGGAGGAUUUGGAAACUAUGGAUUUAAUGGCGGUAAUGGAAACGGCGGCUUUGGCGGUUCUGGUGGUUACAGUUUCGGAGGUUAUGGAGGACGUGGCGGGUUUGGAGGAAGUGGCGGAUUUGGAGGAAUGGGUGGAUUUGGAGGCAGAUAUGGCAGACGGUGCUGGAAGAAACCAUGCCCACCUCCUAAAAAGUAUGGCUAUGGGCGUGGGUACGGAGGAGGUGGUGGUGGAGGAUUUGGAAACUAUGGAUUUAAUGGCGGUAAUGGAUACGGCAACUUUGGCGGUCUUGGUGGUUACAGUUCCGGUGGCUAUAGUGGGUUUUACGGUAACAGGACACCACAUAUUGGUUUUGGACGUUGCAAAUGCCAGAGAAAAUGUGGUAAAGGUAAACGUUACAUAGGAAGGUGUACCGGAAUCUGCAAGGGAUGCAAACUUGUUAUGUGCUGUUCCAGGCAAUUUUGGAAACGUGGCCGCGGCUAAAUAAGGUAAGAAACAUCCAGUUUAAGAAGACCAAGGAUACUCAAAUCGACCUCGAUUUUAUUUUGUAAUAUAUCUUUUUGUAUCAUUGUAUUAAAGCAUCUCAGAAAA